AUGCAGGAGGCGGACGAACUCGUCGAGAAGUGGUCGGCUGACCAGGAAAAAUUUGAUGAGGCCAAGAAAAGGCUCGACGACAGUACAUUUGAACAGCAGAUUAAAAAGGAUGCCAGGGAGCAAAAGCGUCAGAUUGAGUCUGCGGCAGAUACCAUUUCCAUUUUAGCUGAGAGUGAGCUGGAGGAGGACAUCAUGAGCACAGAGGACACGGAGAGGAGAGAUGAAAUAAAGAAGGAAGAAGAAAAGGCGGUUGUGAGCACAAAAAGCGAGGCAGAGAAAGCCAUUGAAGAAGCCAACGAAUUAGCAGUUGAGAUGGAAAAACCGCCAGAAGAACAUUUGGGUGAAUGGAAUUUCUUUUGCAGUGAAAGUGCUCCUGACAUCCAGAAAGGGAAGCAGACCCACUCCCAGCAAAGGACGAAAGUCUCGUUUGUUGUGGGACAGGAUGAAGAGGCACAGCUUGAGCACGAAGAGGAGGAAGAGACGAACCCCAAGGAAACAGAGGUCCGAGUCACUGCAAAGUUUUGGCAGCCGAGUCAGAGCAUCACGUGUCUGCACGAUUUCAGGAGGCGUUUAGACAAGCCGCACUUUCGAGUGACGCCGCGCGUGGCAUCAAACCCAGGUUCUCAAGGGGCAGCAGAGAGGUCUGCUGUGGGCUGUCCACAAGGGCCAGACAGAGCACCUAGACUGGCUUCGUCAAAAUAUGCAUGCCGCAUCUGUUGGCUUCAGAGCGUUUGUCACAUGACAGGUUUUCAAAGGGCGGGGCGCCAUCUACAAGAAAACGUCGUCUGGGAAGCUGUUGGCAAGUCCAGCCUCGCUCCUAGCGACGUACUGCCCCUCGAGAUUUGA